CUCUCUUUCCUCGACGCGAACAGCGGCGGUAUCGACCGACAAAGCAGCGCAGGGAACGUCUCGCGCUACCUCGACUACCGACAACUCCUACCAUCUACAACUCCGGGCGUCACUUCCCCACAAUCACCGCUGUCCCCAAUGUCCGGCACAACGUGUAUCAUUUGUCUUGAAGAUGCACAAUCCCCGGUUGUCGUCCCGUGUGGCCACAUUCACUGCGAGGCGUGCCUCAUAAAAUGCGUCGAGCUAUGCAACAACGCUGUCGAGUGCCCCUGCCCGACGUGUCGAGCUCCUUUUACGAUCGCGACCCUGGAUCUCCGGUUCGUGCCGCAGAAAUACCAUGCAUUCAUACAGCCCGCAGUGCGGCGCGUGUAUCCUUCGCCUUCCGACGUAGUGCAGACUCUCGAAAAGCGGAAUGACAAGCUUCAGACGGACAACACUCGGUUCCGCGAGAGGAUUGACGUCCUGAAGCGCAAGAAUGAUCACCUACAACGCGAUAAACAGCGGCUUAUGGAUACGUGCGAAGCUAGCCAAGCCGCUGUCGCUAAUUACCGCGAGAAGGAGCGUCAGUUACGCGACGACCUCGAGACCGUCUCGGAAGAGAAUGGCGUGCUGGAGCUCGAGGUCGCUGAUUGGGAGAAGAAGUAUAGGGACGUCAAAGAGAAAUACAGCAAGCUGAAGAAGCUGCUUGCGGAAGACAAGCAGCGCCCGUCUUCAUCGCACGCUAAAAAGCGUAGCAGCACCCAAGCAGCACUUGAAUACUCGCCCGGCGAGGGGCCCUCAGAUUUGGGUGACAAGAACGAUCGCAGGCUCAUCAUACCGAUGCUAAAACGCCCACGACUGGCGGGCGGCAGACGUUCCGCGCCCAUAGACGUCGAUGCCGCGCACCGGAUCGACAACCGCGGCGCCUCCGCCUCAGGCACAGCGGUGGCAUACGUCGGCAGACGGCCGCUACCGCUGCGGCUGGGUAGCCCUUCCGUCUUCGACAUCAUUAAGGUCAGCAGCCUCGACGUCAGUCAGGAGCUUGACGACGAGGAGAGAGACGGUCCAAGCAAAGCCCGGCACUACUACCCGCACGAGAACUCUCAGCAAUCGUCUUCGCAGGCUUCUUCCUCCGGUCAGGCGCCACCACAUGCUCAGCCAUCGCACGCCACACAGGCGGGGCCCAGCCGCUUCGCGGAAUAUCCCCCCGCGCCAGUGCCACGAAGGUCCGCAGCACCGCCAGCGGAGGCGCGGGGUACUCCACCCCGAUGGGACGUCUUCGAGUCCGACGACGGCAGCCAAGGCAACCUCGACUUUUCGCUUGGGAGCUCGCCAGCGUUCCCGCCUCUUGAGGGCGAGGGUGAGGUCCAGGGAAGGGCAUACAUUUUCCGCGGGAGACGGGUGAGGAGGGUGUUCGCUGAUGCAUGACUGUGAGCUUGCGCAUGUGGUGCGGCUGUAUUUCCAGCUAUGCUCCGGGCCGAUAUAUGCAUUGGUGUCGUACAUGCUCUAUCCUUUCUUCGUUCUUUGCUCGGCUCGCCUUUGCUCUGUUCCAUGUCUGGCCAUGUAUGGUCGCCAUCUUAUGCCGUCUCACGUUCUAGUCUACUGUCUUAUCACUAUGUCCUAUGUAUCUAAUGUUCUGCAUGCAUAUCUCGAGUAUUUGACAGACUUUUCGUUGAU